AUGUCUGCUACUGACGCUGUCUUCAACCAAGUCGACGUUAACAAAGAUGGCCGUGUUGAUCUCGGUGAAUUCCGUAGCUUCCUUGGUCAAAAUCUCGGUGCUGGUGCCGUCACUGGUUCAUCAUGGGAUGCCGCAGCAUUAGGUGCUGGUUACGGUGCUGGUGCUGGCUGGAGCACUAGUGUUGGUUUGGGUGGUGGUGCUGGUUGGAGUGAAUCAUCAGCUUUUGAAUCAGCAGCAUCAGGUGCUGCUCUUGGUGGUGGUUACGAUGCAUCAUACGUUGUUGGUGGUGGUCUUGUUGGUGGUGGCCUUGCUGGUGGUGUCACUAGUUACGAAUCAGUUGCAGGCACUACUGGACUUGUUAAUGAUGCUACUUUUGUUGCUGGUGGAGCAGCUGUCGAUUCAGCAGCAUUAGCAACCACUCAAGUUCAAUAUGCUGCUGAUGCUCAAGGUAUCUACCAAGAUCCUAACCCACAAAUCAUUCGUCGUCCAAAUCCAACUGGUGUUCAAACAUACACACAAAACAUCCGAGUUCGCUUCCUUCAACCACCACCAGUUCCAGCUCCAGGCCCACUCAUCAUCAAAGAAGUGCGACCACCUCAACCACCUCUUCCACCACCACUUCGUCUUCGUCAAGUAGCUCCACCUCUUCCAACACCACCCCCACUUGUUCUUCGUGAACGACCACCAGUACCACCACCAGUUAUUGCAUCUCAAACUGUCGUUCGUCGUUUACCUGGUAUCCCAGUUCCACCACGAUCAGUCAUCAUCGAACGUCUUCCAGCUGCUCCACCACGUCCACGUGACAUCGUCAUCGAACGUUGGGUUCCAUAUGGACCUCAAGCUAAACGACGUACCCUUGUCCAACGUGCUGCUGCUCCACUCCCAUACCCAGCUCCACGCAAUGUUAUCAUUCAAUAUGAACAAGCUCCAGCUCGCAUUGUUCGUCAAUUCCACCGCCUUGGUGUUGUUGCAGCUAACCCAGCUCUUUAUGUUCAAACAUAUGGUGCUCAUCUUCUUGACGCUGCUUCACUUCUUGCACAAGCUCGUGCUGCUGGUGUUGUUGAAGAUAUCACAGCCCCUGGUUUUGUUGGUUAUAGUGGUGUUGCAGUAGGUCAAGAAUCACUCGGUGUCUCAUCAGGCGUAGUAGGUGGUGCUGGUCUUGUUGUUGGAGGUGCUGAAGUUGUUGAUGGUGGUCUUGCUCUUGGUGGUGGACUCAGUUCAGCAUCAUGGGAAUCAUCAGGCCUUGUAGCAGGUGGUGCUAGUGGCUGGGAAGGUGGUCUUGUUGCUGGUGGUCUUGGUGCUGGCUAUGGUGUUGGUGCUGGCUAUGGUGUUGGUGCUGGCUAUGGUGUUGGUUAUGGUGGAUUAUUGGGACAAUCUGCUGUUGUUAGUGGCACUGAUGCUGCUUUCCUUAAUGCUGAUACCAAUUUCAAUGGCACCCUUGACCGCGACGAAUUUCGCAACCUUCUUGCCCAAAAUCUUUAA